AUUCAUCAGGAAAAUUUUAUACAUCGAGAUUUUCAUAGCGGAAAUAUAUUAUCAUUAAAAAAUGAUCACAAAAAGUGGGUAAUUGGAGACCUAGGAUUAUCGCAACCAGCAGAUAAUUCGUCGAAUAAUGAAAUAUAUGGAGUAAUACCUUAUGUCGCACCAGAAAUAUUUCGAGGUGAAGUAUUUUCGAAAGAGUCUGACAUAUAUAGUUUGGGUAUGAUUAUGUGGGAAUUAACAACAGGUCGUAAACCAUUUUUCAAUAUUGAGCAUGACAUUAAUCUUAUCUACCAAAUUAUUGAUGAAAAAAGACCAAAAAGACCUGAAAUUACAACUGAUGCUCCUAAGUGUUUUACUAAUUUGAUGAAACAGUGUUGGUAUUCUGAUCCCUUAAAACGACCUUCCAUAACAACAAUCAAAAGCAUCGUUGAUGAUUGGUAUAGAAAAUGUAAAAAAGAUGAUGAUAUAUUGGCUAAAGCUGAUAAUAAACGAUUAGAAUUAAUUGAAUCGAAACAAAUUGGCCCUGAAUUUACCGAAAAACAAGAUAUAAGUGCUAUUUAUACUAGUCAGCCUUUAAGUUCUCUUAUUUCCCAAGUUUCAUCUAAUAACUCAUCUUCAAGAGUUUCGAAGCAAGGUAUGUAUUAUUUUUAUUUGAAUAAUGUAAAAUUUAAUAAUUAUUAA